AGGACCCAAAUAUAGAUACUUGAUAGUGUAACUACCCUGCGUUUUCUUUCACGUCGCAGCUAUGAAUAUCAGCUACAGCAGUAGUUUGAGAUAGAGCGGCGUGUCUCCGCGCCUUUUCUCGUUUUGAUUUCUUCUCAAACACGGCCAUCUCAUCUGCUCGACGUUUCUUUCGUACCGGCGAAAAAUGGAGUAGAGAAAGUAAGAUUCGCACUCCAGCACGAUGGGGGCGUGGUGAUCUCCUGCAAGGGCGCGUCUCAUUGGAAAAAGCGUGACGACAGCAACAAAACCAGGAUCCGCAGACAGAGCUUCCAUCAGAACUGCAGAAAUCACGACCUGGUGUCGCCACGUCGUCUCUAGUACUAAAAUCCUAAACCCCCGAAGAACGUCGCCUGCUAGUUGGAGAACCAGCCACCACCGAUAGGCAAUUAUUACCCGACCAUGUCCGUGAUCCGUGGGCUGGACCGGGUCGGCAUCCGCGACCGACAGGGAGACCAGUCGUUUCCGUCCGACGCCCGGGACCUCGACGCCCUGUUCGACUAUUACGACCGGGACCAAUCGGGCGCUCUUUCGCUAGACGAGUUUUGCGACUUGCUAAACGGUACGCAUGGCAAAUAUAUCGGGGUCUCCUAGAAUAAACUUGUUAGGUACCAUGCGGAGUUGCUGUGCACAAUGAAGGGGGGUACUUGCUGACAGGGUGUCUCCACCUUGAUCGGGCCCUCCGCGUCAUGCCGUGUGCGCGCAACACACUGCGUUUUGUUUCUAUGAGCAGCGAAGCUGUUGUUCGUAACACACAGAUUUUGAAGGAGUGCCAGAUCAGCGAUAUUACAAAUUUGACUUUUCUAGACCCUGAAAUAUUUUUUGCAAGGCAUAAAGGAAUGGCGCGGGGGGAAUCAAACGGACACAAAGCCCGUCACGAAGCGGCAAGUGAUGGAGUUUAUGGAGUGGAUCGACGACGACGGAAACAAAGAGAUCGACAAACGGGAAUUCAAGGAGUUUUUCACACAAGCGCAGUAAGACAUGCAAUGUAUUGCAUGAUCAGGGAAAGCGCAGCGGUGAACUACAAGAAUCUAUGAUACUGAGAUAGAUGAAGGAUAGACGAGAUGUUCUAGCCAUGUAGAAGACGGAAACAUGGUCGCUGAAUUACAGCAGUUUUGUUCUGCGUGAUUAGCAACCUAAAGCUUUUUGCCAAGAAAAUAUCUCUAGUUCUGGAAAAGGAACAAAAACUUGCGUUCCCCCUGAUCCUGCAGCGGUUUCAUUGAAUGAGCGAUGGGUUUCCGCCAUGAUGGACGAAGUGCAGGCAGCAUACGAUUGGAAAGUGUUGGAGGUUCUUUGCAAGUCAUAGUGCAUUGGCACCCUUGGGUCUAGAAACCAACCGUGUUUUGCAUGAUGCACUGCUCCUACUGCUCCAAUGGCAGCAGUGUUUGAUGCAUGUUCUCAUUGUCGUCCGCAGUGCUCAUUUGCAUUUUGGAAUGACAUGUCUGCAUGACAGUGAUCAGCUGACGAAAGCGGUCGAAGAUCGUUGGUUUGGCACGGACUGCAACUGGCUCAGACCUCUCUCCCUGUGAUAAAUGCGGGCAGAAGCUGUCAGCACAGAGGACAACGAUGGUAUUGAUCUGAUCUCAAUCUGAUGCACAGCUGGACCAAUUCGAUUGUGUUUGCUAGGCAAUGCAGAAUGAAAGAGAGGUAUUCCUAUAGAUGUCAAGAUGAAAAAAUCGAAAUCAUGAUCGAAAUGAAAAAUCUCCUGACUUCUGGGACCCGGGUGAGAUCUACGAUGACCGCAAACCAAAUUCAAAACAGCUCGCGUACUUCGUUCUGAUGCUGGUUCUCUGGGCCUUCUUCCUAUACCAGCACAUGAGCUCCUCAGAGGUACUUACGAUCUUUUUCGCAUGACAAACCUGUAUUCGCAAUCGAGUUCCCAAAUGGCAAAUCAUGAUGAUACAUUUCUUGGCUGUGGUUCUGCAAUUUGGAUGGCGGUUUCCGUCCGAUAGUUGAAGACGACAACCUACUAGAAUCUCGUUAAUCUGACAAAGUCAUUUCUCAUGCGGAAGUUUGCGAUUACGAUUGGUGAUCUCAUUUGUCAUGUCACUAACAAGCGAAGACAAUGAUGAAAACAUUCUUGGCUGUGGAGCGGAUUUGAAGCUUACAGCCGAAAAAUUUGACGAGAUAAUCUUUCUCACGUUCCUUUCUGAAAUAACACAAUUCUGUGGCUGCACUAAUGGUAGCAAAUUCUGCACUUGCGAGCUAAACGAUUGUUCGUCUUCACCACAUUUUGGCAUUAAACCCGCGCUACAACUCCUACCGAGGAAAUAAUCUCUUUUCAGGGUGGCGAUUCCGGCGGCAUGGGCUUCGCGGGUGUCGGCCUCAUUCUCACCUCUAUUUUCCUCGGGUUCGGCGUUUGCGGUCUCCUUAUCGUCCCGAUUUACCAGAUGCACAAGGACGACAUCCCCACGUGGACCAAGCCGGACGCGAAUGCGGUGAUGAAAACCCUCCAGGGCCGGCGGCACGAACUGAAGCAAAACAAACCCGCAGAGCCGGCCAAGCCGAAGGGACCGAAGCAGCAGAUGCGGCAGAGCCUGGGGAUCGCGCCGGGAGAUGUCAUGCCGAUGAUGGGCCCCGGGCCGGGCGGAGACGUGAUGAUCGACAUGCGAACGGGGAAACGGGAGAUCCCGUCGGCAGAGUUUCUAGCGGACAAACUUGCGAAGCAACAGGCAGUCAUGCCCGAGUACGCAGGGCCGAACACGAUCUCGCCGAAGGAGAAGCUGCAGUUCUCGUACUUUUUGAUAUAGGUAGUUUCAUUCUCACUUUUGGUCUAGAAAGAUAGAUCACGUUCGGUUUUGUCGAAAGUCGCCGCCUGAAAAACCGCACAUGGUCAUGAUGAUCCAAAUGAAUAUAGCUCGUAGUACUUACGACUUCUGCGGCUUGUACUGUCCCCGCACCUGAAAAAUCUAUGGUGUGCAAGGGAAAUAAAAGUUCGCGUAGAGCAACACAUCCGGUAAAAAGCCCCGUUGUCAGUUCUAUGGUACUGCGGCGGUCGUCAAUCCUGAGACAAUUUAUUUUCUGCUAGUCAAGAGUCCGUUGUAGCAUGAGCAGAAAUCCGACGUGCAGAUCACGAUCUAAGUGAGUAAAGCACGUACGAUUUUUGCGGCUUGUACUGUCCCCACAUCUGAAAAAUCUGUGGUGUGCAAGGGAAAUAAAAGUUCGCGCAAAACAAAACAUCCGGUAAAAAGCCCCGUUGUCAGUUCUAUGGUACUGCGGCGGUCGUCAGUCCUGAGACAAUUUCUCGCUGGACCUACUCUUGAAAUCGCUAAAUCGGCCAUAUUCUUAUUCGAGAAGCAAGCUAGCUUCUGGACAGCAUGCGGCACCUCUUUUUCCUCUGGCACCGCGAUACCCUGUUUGUUUCCAGGCACCUUUCUCACAGUGCUUUGGCUGGGGUACUGUCCUAAACUGAAUUUCAGCCUGGAUUGAGUGUGCUCUCUCUUGCGGGAAGUGACUCUCCAAGGCCGGAUGCUCCUCAUAUUCCUUUCCGUGGUGGGUGUGCAUGAAGGAGAGAACUCCGGUUUUCUCCUUCUGCAUAGGGUUUCUGUAUGAAGCCAAACCACCAGGGCAAACCAUGGGAAGUACAAGACAUCUCUUCUAGCAAACAGUAUACGUUUCACAUCUGUAGUUUUUCCUGCAGCACGACAAUUCCGCAUGACCAAAACUUCUCAUUCUAUUGAGCCUCCCCAUGAUGACAAAUUUUGAGAACAAAAUAUCCGUUUCUCAAACAUUCGCAGUAAGUGUCCGACUUCAAGGCAGUGCUAUGCGGUUUUUCUAGAAUUCGCAAAGCGCUGCCACAUGCAGGACAAACUUCCUUAGAUGUCUGAUCAGAGGCGAAUAAUAGGAUACGGGUGUAGUUUUCAACGUAGCGCUACUUCUAUGAAUGGAUGACAAUGUUGAUGCGUGUCAAAACACAAACUUUUUGACAUUCUCAACCCCAUCAAACUCAGGUACCGUCCACAGAAGAUGGCGAUGCGCAUGACACAAGACCCCCGCGAAGAGCUCGACGAGUACUACCAGGGCUUGCCCUACGACAACGCGCCCACCGGUAUGCCCUUGGAGGCGCCGGAAGAGGACUACCCCGACGAUCCCGACGCGCAUCUGUCCAUCAUUGAACGGCCGCAGACCGCCCCGGCAAUGGGCCGCCGGCCCCACAGCGCACACUCCCGGUCCGGGACCGCAACGCCAAUUUCCCGGGACGGGAAGCCCCGCCCGGUAACGCCGGGAUCGACCCGCGGCGGGAAGAGAACGGGGCUGCACGACGGCACGCCUCGAUCCGUGGCGAGUAGCCGGCCGGGGAGUAGAAGCGGGGGGAGAACGAGGGGACCGGGUAGUUCACACGGGACUAGGAACAACCUCCAGCGGCCACUAUCCGCCCCGAGCCGGACAUUUGACUCGUCGAGGAUUACGCCGAUUGUGGAGGAGGGAUUGUGGAACGACAUACCGGGGUAUCAGGAGGCCCAGGAGGAGUAUCUAGAGCGCCGGGGACCGGCGGGGAGACCGAUAAGUGCGCAGAGCAAUAGGGAAAUGUAUAGAAUUUUUUCACCUGGCGUCUUGCUUCGCGACUUCGUUGGACUUCGUUGCUGCGGAUUUCGAAUUCAUCAUGAUGAGCCAUUCUUUCUUUUCAAUCUGUCAAUCCGCUGAUCUCUUCAUGAUUGAACACAGAAGAAAUUAAGACUACGACGGACUGACAUUUUUCGGUUUUGUUGCACUGCUGUAUGAUACAAAGAUCUAGCUGCAAAUCACGCAUCUUUCGCAUGUCAAAUUCCGAUCCCUUUGAAAUCAGCUACACGCCUGAUCUCUACCACGACGCGAGACGGUCACAGGUGCAAACGCCGCAUUCGGAUUUCUUCAAUCCGAUCAGGAUAGGGGAGAGAUGGUACAGUAGUCUGCGUUGCAUUCUGAUUCAUCAUCUUCUCUGCAUGAUACGACCCAAAACGUAUUCCGGGUCGGAUUUAUGAACAAAACGUCCUCCCACCUCCGUGAUGACCAAUCUUUAUUAGCUCUAUGUGAAGUUGUUCCACGCGACACUGCUGAGCACUUUCUCAAAGGUUACAACUCUCUGAUGAGGGGUAGAUCCGUAGUUGGGGAAGAAUUUUUCAGCGUGCGUCUGCAUGAAAAGCUGCGCUCCGCUAGUAUUUCCAGAAUCAUCCGCGUCACUUCCGCGUCCACGAAAACUGUGAUGAAUGAUUGAUAUUAGCUCUAUGUGAAGGCGAAAGCUUUCGCCAAUGAGCAAAGUACUCAAUAAGGUUACAACUCUCUGAUAGCUAGAUUGGCAUUUGUGAGGCGGGAAGCACAAGAACGAGCUGAAUGUGCGUUCUGUGGUCGUGCAUUAGAAACACAGCAUGAUGAACGAAUUUUUGAUAACUAUCAAGCUCAACAGAUCUGAAAUCUUGCGUUGACGAUAGUUUAAAACAGUCUUCUUUCUCCGUCUGAAAACUACAUGCUUCUUUCAACAUGCUCGACCGCAUUGACAGGGUUAUCAGCUUUUCACGCACAACAGAUCUGUUCGUAUUUUUCCAUGGAUGCAAUGUUGCGCAUACUUUGAUUUUCCUCUUGCGCAACGACUCCGAGCCCUUGUCGAGCACCUAACUCAAUUUCUAUGGUGUUUCGAUUUCGGUAGCAUCCCAGAACAAUUCGUGAAUUCCGGUUGAGGAUGAAAUACUUUUCGUUCUCCCGAGUAGUAGCUCGCCCUUCAUAUUCCUUGUCGCGGUAGGUGCACGAAUGUUGGGUCUAGCGCUCUUUUUCGACGCUCUUCUCGAUGGAUCGUGCAGGGUCGCGGUUGCGGCCAAACUACCGGGUCAAACCAUGGAGGGAACAUACAAUCUAGCAAGAAUUUUCGCAUCAGAUACUUCAGAAUGAAGUAGGAAUUCCCACACAUGACAGAUUUUCCAAUUCAAAAUAUCAACCAGGAAAUCCGAAUGGCAAACGGGCGUGAAGUCCCGGCAGCGAGGGGCGAAAUACGUGACAUGAUGACACUUUUUCAUGCGCGUCAACUGAGGAAGGCUGGGGUUGGAAUUUGGUUUGUGGAGAGGUUCUCCGCAGAUCGGAUUCUCUUUCUUGGUCUUCCCGUGUGAUGAAUGCUGAAACAAAUCCAUUUAAAGUUUGUCUGACUGCGACAAAGCCCUACACUCCCCCGAGUCUCCACUGGUCUACGCCUCGUGCCCAUCCGGACACGGAGGCUGCAACGCGGUCGCCGCGCACAAACCGGGCUGCGCACUGCGGCAGCUACAGGCGGACGCCAGCGCGGGCGGAAGAGACGAUGGAUUGCUGAAGAUUAGGAGCGACAGACUGUUUGGAAAAGGGGAUGAGAGUGGGUGAAUGCACUUGGUGUGUUAUGUGCUCGAUGAUAACUGUUAAUGGGGGGUUGAAAGACGUAUCAAUGAUCAUCCUUCCUUGUAAGAAUUAGUUCAGCAUCUCGCUUGGAGCAACCCCAUGCGAUGUCUGUUCUUUGAGCAAAAGAUAGUUGUGGAAUCGCGCAGGAGUAUGAAUAUUGUAUGAUUUGGUCUUCCUCCACUGCGAUCGCUGCCUGUCAGUCGUCGAGUCUCGCGCUUUUUUUCCUGCUCGCGAGAAUGUAAUGGUAGUGUCAUGACUCCAAGAAGAAUCAGAUGUCACAUCGCUCGCUGAGGCCUGCGGUUUUAUGCCCUUCUGCAGCGUCCUCCCAUGUACAAGUCUGCUGUCAUUUCAAUGCACGCACCCGCGAUGGAACGGGAAGUAGUUUUUCAAAAGACAAAAGGGACACGUGCC